AUGUACGAGGCCAAAUCAAACCCUAUUUGCCUUAUUCCGGUUAAUUUCACGUUGUUCAGUCACUUAAAUAAGUCUGCGGCCGAUAACAUACUGUUCCUCUUCACCAAUGCCCGGUCCACUCAAUACGCACCGGGAGAUACCGGUCCAGCUUUGGUUUCAUUAUUAAAGCAAAUUAAAGAAAGGCCACCUCAUGUGGAUAUCCUAUACAAUAAACAAACCAUCUAUUGUUUCGAUAACGAAGCCUUUAGAUUUGCAGUGGCGUCGGCACCGCCUAAUAACAUGAUAUUUGACGAUUUGCUAACACGUGAUUACGAAGUUAGCUGGAUGGGUUCCGUCAGAGAAUGCGAUCGAUUAAUGGAACGAAUCAUAUCAUUAAAACCGCAUCAAGUGAUGGAAACCCUAUCUCUAAAUAACGCCAAACAGAGUAUACUUUUGCUAACUCAACCGUUGGCUGACAUCGCCAAGAAUAUCUCGGACAAUGUCAAAGCGUGUGAGCAACAUAAAAAGAAAGUCAGCGAAUUUAAAGGAAAUAUAACCGAGUUCGAAAAAGAACUGUAUGUACCGUGGAAGGACAUCGAAUCGGACCCAUUAAAUGAACCAAAGACUGUAUGUAACGAAGGUAAUUGCAUCGUUAAGGAGACCAUUAAUGGCACUGUUAAGAUACAUUACAAAACCGAUUGUCAUUCACCAUGUUACUUGACGCAUAGCGACGGCAAUGUAAUGGGCAAUGUCGGUCUUUUGGAUUGCAUCGCAUUUAAUAAAUACGAAUCAAUAGGCGAAGGCGAAUGGAGGGUGCCGACUAACCUUGUUCCUGAUCAAAAUGUAACCCUUAAUGCCGAGGGUAAGGCUUUCCUUUACUAUUUAGAGCGUACCAAAUCGGAUAAUUGUUUCAAAUGCGGCCACUCCUUUCAAUCGCACCUACAUAUCAAAUACGAGACCCGUAUUGUGAACAAAAAAAUUCGUGAUGAGAAAAAAUACAAAAGUAUUAACACAGCCAAGGAGGCUGCCGCGGCUAAGCAAGCUCAAAUUGUGGAGCUCGAAGCUCGUAUAAAAGAAUUGACCGACGAAAAUACAACAAUUUCCAUAUGUAUGGCCAAGUUUGCGUGUUUCCUUAGCAACAACGCCCUGACACCAUUUAAUGAUGCGUUCGAAGGUUAUGUUAAAGACGCUGGUAAGUUAAGUGGCGGCGAUAGUAAGGUGACCAUCGACAAAUUACAACAAAUGCUCGACCGAUACAAAUACGAAAAGGACGCCAUAUUGGCAGCCAUGAAGAAAGGAAAGAAAAAUGAGAGUGCAGUAUCUGUUGAGGAUAUCGAUAAGCUUAUCAAGCAACUUUGCAGCCUAAAAGUAAACGGCCCGGCAAUUAGCCAGUUAUUGGACACACAGAUUAAGUCGAAAGCAAAGAGUCACACUUUUAAUGAGAAAGUCAUAAACACUGUGUCCGCGGCAACAUCGAAGUUAAGUGGAUUUCGAGUAUACUAA